AUGAACAAAAUUGCAUUUUUCUAUGCAAUUAUCAUCCUAUGCAUAAUACAGUUGGCCUGCUUUGUCUUCAUAGCUAAUUUGCAUUCAUGGCUCGGCGAAUACAUAACUGGAGAUGUAAGUCAAUUGUACAGCCCAAAUUCCGUGGAACUAUUUGAAUCUGCAUUUCUAGCAUUGUUGCUCGUAGGGGCUACUGGUUUCGUUACUUUUGUCAGAGAUUUGCUAUUCGUUCAAAAGAAGACGUCUAAUACAAACGGAACAUUCCAUAAGUUCUAUUUACCAAUCAUUGAGGAAUUGCUCAAAUUUGGUUUGGUUUAUUUCGUUGCCCGUCGUGGCAGAGGUACAGAUCAUUUAGCUGGACUGAAUGAAACGAUUCAUGGAGAUACAAACAACUCCGAAGGUGCUCCUGAUUUAGGUGUUAAACAAGUAGCCAUAAUAGCGUUGGUUUUCAAUUUCGUCAAAUUCUGUCAAUUUACGUAUAGAUUCUCUCCCAUUAAUUACGAAAAGGGUUAUAAAGAAUUCAUAAGUCUUUAUAGAAUGUGGCGUGAACAUAUUACAAUUGACAGGGCGUUACGCAGCAAUAAUAAAGUGAAAGUGGAUGCAGCAAUGAUUUUAGCUGGAUCUUUGAAUGACGGUGAGCGGUCUGUUUAUUCAAAGAAAUCAACUGCCACCUUAAUCGCACCUGAGGUUAUGUCGAUACCAUCGAGGGUUCCAUCAUUGGAUACAGGUUCUUUGAAUUUCAAGAAAUUACCAUCAUUCAAAUCUGAUAUGGUAUCUGCCGAUUUGGAAUCAUGCUAUAAUCUAGUUGAUAAACUUUAUUCAAUAUCUCCAAAGAACACGUAUCAUCUAGAUACAGACGAUGUUAUCGUGGUGUCGAUUGACGACUUAGAAGAUGAUGAAGAUCCACUAAAAUCGAUCGCUAACUACAGUAACAAUACAUUAAAUUCAAAUGUACAGCAUUACGAACAAAACAAUUUCCAGAAAGAGGGCGGAAAGGAAAAAAACAAUUUAACACAAAUUUCUGAUUUGAAUUUGGAAAGAAAUGCAUGCUGCAUUGCUUCUCUGAAUGAUAAUGGGAAUUAUGAUACUAGUCCAUUUUGGACAUCACAAUUCAUAUCGAAUAUGAAUUUUUUCGCUUGGUUAUUACCGUUUCUACCUAUUCCUCAAAAGAGUGAAGAGUUAAACAAUAAUACCCGUCCAUUGACCAAUAAUAGAAAAUUUGAUUCGGCGAUCAAAAAUAAAUUAUCGUCUUAUCAACUUGACAGAAACUCCGUUACCGAUACUGAAACUUUGCAUUCGUCGGAAGCUUUGCUCUCGCAGCAUAACUUGCCUAUAUCAAAUUACGGAGCGAUAGAUGUCGAAUCCCAAAUAUCAGCUGAUGCUAUAGUAAGUUCAAUUUGCGUGAAUGAACGAAAUAAUAUUAUUGACUUCCAAUUAUUUGUUGAUAAUUAUUUCGGUUAUACUUAUGACUCAAACCAAAUCUCCAUCGAUCCAAUAUUUGAAAUGUUUGGAGUUACAAUUACUGAAUUUAGUGCCAAACUCUUCAUUAUUUUAUUCAACUGUAAUUAUGUGUGGAAUCUUAGCACAUUUUUGAUCUAUGCAUACCCAUUUUUCAAUGAUUCAUUUCUGCAUUUUCAUUUCAUGAUACUUGGUAUCUUGAUAAUAAAGCUUUUCAAUCGGAACUUUAUUCAUAGCAAAGACCUAAGAAAAAGUAUUAAAUUCUCAUUGGUUGUUGAAAUUCUGAUUAAUUUGAUUAUAUUUGUUGGCAUCAUUCUAUUGUUACUUUUUGGUGUCGAUUACACCUGA